AUGGAUGCUGCAGAGUUCCGUGUUCGUGGGAAAGAAAUAGUAGACAUGGUGGCUGAUUACUUAGAGAAUGUGCAGAAACGUCCGGUAUAUCCAGCAGUGCAGCCCGGAUAUAUGCGCCAGCUCCUUCCGGAAGCUGCCCCAGAAACUGCUGAGUCAUGGGAGGACGUUAUUGGUGACAUAGAGCGGGUAAUUAUGCCUGGGGCAGCCAAUCCGGCAUGCACGGAACUGGAGAUGAUUAUGAUGGACUGGUUGGGGAAGAUGCUGGAUUUACCAGAGCAGUUUCUAUUCUGCUCUGGAGGCAAAGGGGGCGGGGUCAUUCAGGGUAGCUCCAGCGAAACCACGUUGAUUUGCUUGCUAGCUGCUAGGAAUCAAGCCAUUCUCAGAGAGAAGGAAGCAAACCCUGCUCUUUCGGAGGCUGACAUCAUGGCAAAGAUGGUGGGGUACUGUUCAGAUCAGGCCCAUAGUUCAGUGAUACGUGCUGGUCUGUUUGGGGCAGUAAAGAUCGUCCUGCUCCCCACUGACGAGCAACAAUCCCUACGUGGCGAAACAUUGGCGCAUGCUGUACAGAAAAGCAAGGCAGAGGGAUUGAUACCAAUCUUUGUUUGUGCCACGCUAGGAACGGCCUUCUCCUGUGCUUUUGACAACAUUGAGGAACUUGGCCCAGUGUGCAGCAGAGAGCGGAUGUGGCUCCAUAUAGAUGCUUCUUAUGCUGGCAGUGCUUUCAUUUGCCCCGAGUUUCGAUAUCUGCUCAGUGGGGUACAGUUUGCAGAUUCUUUUAAUGUCAGUCCUCACAAGUUGAUGAGAGUGACAUUUGAUUGUUCAGCAUUAUGGUUAAAAGACAGCAGCAAACUAGUUAAUACAUUCAAUGUGGACUCUGCACUUCUGAUGCAUCAUGAUGGCGAGGGGAAGAUUACAGACUACAGGCAUUGGCAGAUUCCUCUGGCUCGAAGAUUCCGCUCCUUAAAGCUGUGGUUUGUUCUCAGGUUACAUGGUGUAAAUGGACUACAAGAGUACAUCAGACAGCAUGUUAAAUUUGCACACGAGUUUGAGACGCUAGUCCUGACAGAUAGAAGAUUUGAAAUUGUUGGCCAAGUUGUCCUUGGAUUGGUGUGUUUUAGACUCAAGGACUCCAAUGCAGUUAAUGAACAGCUACUACAAAGAAUUAUUCAAGAUGGCCGGAUACACCUGGUUCCCUCUAAAAUAGGGAAUACUUAUUUCCUACGCUUUGUUGUGUGCUCUCCAGAUGCAGGGUCAAAGAACGUGCAGUUUGCUUGGGCUGUAAUUACAGAGCUAGCCACCGAUUUGUUGAAAGAUAAAAAGUAUUGA